CUCCGGCUCACCGAGGGGAGGGAUGCGCGGCUGUUGCUGAAACGCCUGCACUCGCUGCUGACGAUUCUGUUACCCCUACGUCGCUUUAAAAACAAACAGUCAACCGGCCGUUUAUUUCAACGUAAUUACGUUAAAACGCAGGUUUUUUGGGGGGGGGGUCGGGCCGGUUUAGGAGGGGUUCGGCGUAACGUCCAUUGACGUCAGUUGGCUAACUGCAGCUAGGCACAAAGGCGGUUCAGGCAGCGACUAGCCCAUGUUAAGCUAACAGUAACUAGCAUGCUAACAACACAGCCGGUGGGGACGAGCACUUCCUUCCGCAGCCUUACCCGGGGUUAAUCUCCACCGACUCGCUCCGUGGGUUACGUGAACCGUGUUGUAUGGUAGUUAUUCAUCAGUAACCCUCAACUCAAGUGCGGUUUCUUAGCUUUGUUUUAGUGGUCACCACUCAUGACCGGGCUAAUUGAAGCGGCGUUUAACGUAUCGCUGGGGUCGUUGGCUGCAUGUUUUUCCGUUAGCCACGGCGGGUCUUACACGGGGAUGUGGCGGUAGCCAAACAAGCUAACCGUCUCUGUGAAUGAGUACGAGAAGUAAGAAAGCACGUCAGCCAAGCGAGAGUUGUGUGUUUUUUUUCUUCUUUUUUUAAUGUGUGUUGGUAAUACUUGUUAUUCCGGGGUGGCUGACGCUAGGGACCAACCUGACAACCCUCGAGCACCGCUGAACUAAAACUGGGAAUAUCGCAAACACACCGCAGGGAUUAUUAUUUUUUUUGGUUGUCUCUUAAGUGGAUUUCGGCCUCCUGUUCCGGAUCGUCGUGGGAACACCCCGAGUGUUUGUUUUUUGACAUUGAGUGAGCCCUCUCUCCCCCGCCGACCUUCACCCUCCGAUGCGGGGUUUUCAGUAGCACCGGCGACCCAAUCGCCCUCCCCAACGGCGGCCGGCCAUGCUGAAGUGUAUCCCCCUGUGGCGCUGCAACCGCCACGUCGAGUCGGUGGACAAGCGACAUUGCAACCUGCAGACUGUCCCCGAUGAGGUCUUCCGCUACAGUCGGAGUCUGGAGGAGCUUCUCCUCGACGCCAACCAACUCAAAGAGCUGCCCAAGCCUUUCUUCAGACUACUGAACCUACGGAAGCUCGGCCUGAGUGACAAUGAGAUCCAGAGACUCCCCCCCGAGGUGGCCAACUUCAUGCAGCUGGUGGAGCUGGACAUCUCCAGAAAUGACAUUCCUGAGAUCCCGGAGAGCAUUAAGUUCUGCAAGGCUUUGGAGAUCGCAGACUUCAGUGGAAACCCGCUGUCCAAAUUGCCGGAUGGUUUCACUCAACUCCGAGCGCUGGCUCACCUGGCACUCAACGACGUGUCGUUGCAGACGUUGCCCAACGACAUUGGAAACCUGGCCAACCUGGUAACGUUGGAGCUCAGGGAGAACCUGCUGAAGUCUCUGCCAACGUCGCUCUCUUUUCUGGUGAAACUGGAACAGCUGGACCUGGGCAGCAAUGAACUGGAAGUUUUGCCGGACACCCUCGGUGCUCUCCCCAACCUGAGGGAGCUGUGGCUGGACCGUAACCAUUUGUCCUCAUUACCCCCAGAGCUGGGGAACCUUCGGAGACUGGUGUGUCUGGAUGUGUCUGAGAAUCGCCUGGAGGAGCUUCCCUCAGAGCUUAACGGCCUCCUGGCUCUCACCGACCUGCUGCUCACACAGAACCUGCUGGAGGUCGUGCCUGACAGCAUAGGCUGUCUGAAACAGCUGUCCAUCUUGAAGGUGGACCAGAAUAGACUGACCCACCUGACGGAUUCAAUAGGCGAGUGUGAAAACCUCACAGAACUCAUCUUGACGGAGAACCUUUUACAGUCACUUCCUCGCUCGCUGGGCAAGCUGAAGAAGCUGACCAACCUGAAUGUAGACCGCAACCGCUUGGGCGGCGUGCCCAAAGAGCUGGGCGGCUGUACCAGCCUCAACGUCCUCUCCCUGAGAGACAAUACGCUGGGCAAACUGCCCUCUGAGCUUGCAGAUGCCACCGAGCUGCAUGUGCUGGAUGUGGCUGGAAACAGAUUACAAAACCUGCCCUUUGCUCUGACAAACCUCAACUUGAAGGCCAUGUGGCUCGCAGAGAACCAGUCACAGCCAAUGCUCAAGUUCCAGACAGAAGACGAUGAGCACACAGGGGAGAAGGUCCUGACCUGCUACUUGCUGCCCCAGCAGCCUUCUCCAAGCCUAGAGAACCUGCUGCAGAACAGCGUGGACGACAGCUGGACGGACACAAAUCUGAACAGAGUGUCGGUCAUUCAGUUCCAGGAGGAGACCAAGGCGGAGGAAGAAGAAGAUGAUGAUGCUGCCGCGGAACGCAGAGGCCUUCAGCGUAGAGCCACACCUCACCCUAGUGAGCUGAAGGUGAUGAAGAAGGUUAUUGAGGAGAGGAGGAAUGAAGCGUACACAUCCAGACCCGAUGGCGAGGAACAGUCCCCUGAUCCACAGGAGAAACGGCUCAGUGACCUUUCCAAUCAAAGCAACGACUCCCAGGUGUCCAACAGCACUCUGUCGGCGACUUCCCACGAGGAAAGAAGAAAUGCGGCAGCGGCCUCGCAAAGGGGCGACCUUGUGGGCGGCCACUACCAUCGAGAUGAGGAAGAGCAGGAUGAGAUGGAGGUGGAAUACAUUGAGCCCUCAGUGCACUUUGCAGAGGAGCCCAUCAUCCGUGGUUUGCAUGAGGACGACGACGACGAUGGAGGGGAGGAUGGGGAGAGUGAGGAGGACGAGAGGCCGGCCAUCCCCGCGGAGAAGCAGCGCCUAAUCAGAAAGGACACGCCGCACUACAAGAAGCACUUCAAGAUCAACAAGCUGCCCAAACCAGAGGCUGUGGCGGCGCUGCUGCAGGGCUUCAGUCCCGCCGGCAUGAACUCUCCGACGCAGGCCGCCGAGCAGGACGAGGACGAAGAGGAAGAGGAGGAGCUAAGUUUGUGCACCCCUCAACACCAUCACAGAAUGGAGGAGCUCCAAGACAGCCGGCUGCAGGUCAAUUCCAGUCAAGUAAAGGGGGUGUCAUUUGAUCAAGUCAAUAAUCUGCUGAUUGAACCUGCUCGAAUUGAGGAGGAAGAGCACAACCUGACAAUUGUGCGACAAACCGGCGGCCUGGGAAUCAGCAUUGCUGGAGGGAAAGGAUCCACGCCGUACAAGGGGGAUGAUGAGGGAAUCUUCAUUUCCAGAGUAUCUGAAGAGGGUCCUGCAGCCAGAGCAGGCGUUAAAGUGGGAGACAAACUCCUAGAGGUGAAUGGAGUGGACCUCCACGAAGCAGAACACCACACGGCGGUUGAAGCGCUCCGCAGCUCCGGCUCCACCGUGUCCAUGACGGUGCUGCGCGAGCGAAUGGUGGAGCCGGAGAACGCCAUCACGACCACGCCGCUCAGGCCGGAGGACGACUACUUCCCGCGCGAGAGGCGGAGCAGCGGCAUCGCCUUCAACAUGGAGACGACUCCCAGCGUGCCGCACCAGCGGUUCUCCACCUGCCUCAUCCGAAACGACAAGGGGCUGGGGUUCAGCAUCGCCGGGGGCAAAGGUUCCACGCCCUACCGCACGGCGGACACGGGAAUCUACAUCUCCCGGAUCGCAGAGGGAGGAGCAGCACACAGAGACAGCACGCUGCAAGUAGGCGACCGGGUGAUCUCGAUCAAUGGUGUAGAAAUGACAGAGGCCAGGCAUGACCAGGCAGUAGCGCUCCUUACCGGCACCUCCCCCACCAUCUCCCUCCUGGUGGAGCGAGACCCGAAUGCGCCGGGGGGCUCUCCGGGUCAAUCCCGGGCGCGAGCCCACUCCCCUCCGCCCCCAGAGCCCUCCGAUUCACCGGACCAGGACGAGGACGGACUCAACAUUCACGGGAACAACCUGAGUCGGAUGGAGGACGAGUAUCCCAUCGAGGAAGUAACCAUGCUGAAGUCAGGUGGCCCUCUAGGCCUGAGCAUCGUGGGAGGCAGUGAUCACGCCAGUCACCCGUUUGGCAUCAACGAACCCGGAGUGUUCAUCUCCAAGGUGAUUCCUCACGGCCUGGCGUGUGAAAGUGGACUGCGCGUCGGGGACCGAAUCUUAGAAGUGAACGCCAUCGACCUGCGCCACGCUACGCACCAGGAGGCAGUGCGAGCGCUGCUGGCCAACAAGCAGGAGAUCCGGAUGUUAGUGCGCAGGGACCCGUCACCGCCCGGGAUGCAGGAGAUUGUGAUCCAGAAGCAGCCCGGGGAGAAGCUUGGCAUCAGUAUUCGGGGAGGGGCCAAGGGUCACGCAGGAAACCCCUUUGACUCCACAGACGAGGGCAUCUUCAUCUCUAAGGUGAGUUCGAGUGGUGCGGCAGCAAGAGACAGCCGGCUGCAGGUUGGCAUGCGUAUCCUGGAGGUGAACAACCACAGCCUGCUGGGCAUGACGCACACAGAGGCAGUGCGAGUGCUGCGGGCUGUAGGAGACUCUUUGGUCAUGCUCAUGUGCGACGGAUUCGACCCACAAAAGAUGACCACCGUGGAGGCCUCUCCCGGAAUCAUUGCGAACCCAUUUGCUUCAGGCAUCGUCCGUAAGAACAGUAUGGAAAGCAUCUCUUCGAUAGACCGAGACCUGAGCCCAGAGGAGAUGGAAAUCAUGCAGAAGGAGUCUGAGAUGGUGAGAGAGACCUCGCAGUGGGAGCGAGAAGAGAUGGAGAAAGUGGAGCGUAUGCGCUUGGAGCGUGAGGAGGCGACCCGCCUGCUAGAGGAGGAGACUGAGAACAUUGGAACUGGACCUCUGAAACUUGACUAUAAAACCCUGGCGGCUCUGCCCACCACCAGCCUGCAGAAGCUCAACAGGUUCUCUACCUCUGAAAGUCUGACCGCUCACAUGGAGGCCCCCCCGCAGGCCCAGUACGGAGCCCCCUUAGAGCCCCUGGGCUUCGGCUCAGCCCACCCCGAGUCCGACCCCGGUCCCGACGCGGACCGCGACUACCUUCGAGGCUCCCAGUUCGCCCCCGACGGGACCUCCAGCGCCGGCUCGUCGACGCCCAUUAGUUCGUUGGCGGCCGAAGAAGAGGAGAGCCUGGUGGACUCUCAGCCCAUCUGCUUCAAAGAGAACCCCUUCCUGGUGGCCAAUCGCAGAGGAAAGGGGCGUCCGGCCGGACAGCAGGUCCUGUCGGGGCCCCCGGUGGGCUACGGCAAGGGGGGCCAGCUGCAGCCCUGGUUGUUCAACAAGGCAGCUCCCUCUGAUUUCACCAGGACCGAGAGCCCGAUCCGAGAAGCCCCCUACUCCCCCACCAUCCAACCGCCCAGCCACCACUCUUCCAACAGCUCCCUGCAUGCAGGCAGGGAGACGCGCUUCGCAAACCUUCAUUUCACCUCCACUCCUACAGCCAACACUGACAGCACGUCUUCAUCAACUCGGCCGGGUGCCAUCCAGCCCGUCGGCCGCGCGCGGCAGAGUCCCUCCCCCGCCACUCCGGACGGCCACAGUCCUAACCCCUUCCAGCAUGGCCCCUCCCCCUUCGACUCCCAGACCUCUCCUCGCGCCCCCUCCCUCACCUCGCCCGACGAGCUCCCCAUGAAUGUCAAGCAGGCGUACAAGGCGUUUGCCGCCGUGCCUCGCUCUCUGGCCGUGCUGGAGCCCCCCCAGGACCUGUAUGGCGUGAGGAACAACUUCCACCCAAAGCAAACUCCAGAGCCUGAGUUGAUGAACGAGGUGUUUGAUGGCAUAGACGGUCAGGAGGGGGCCGGUAGGGGUCCGACCGGCACGCUCCCCCUCUCCCCUGACCGCCGGGAGUACAUGAGCCUGGCAGCAGUGCCUCGCCUCUCCAGGCCUUCCUGGGACCCGAAGAGUCCAUCUCCUGGUGGUAAGUCCAGCCCAGAGCAGCGCUCCUUCAGGGACAGACAGAAGUACUUUGAGAUCGACAUGAAGCAGCAGACGCCAGAGAAACCCAAACCUCGCGUGUCUCUCGUUGGCGAAGAUGACCUCAAGAAAAUGAGGGAGGAAGAAGAGAGGAAGUUUGAGCAGCGGGCGCAGGAGUACCUGCUGGAUGAGGAGGAGGACGAUGAGGAAGAGGACCUGGCUAAGCAGGUGGCGCAGAUGAAGGUGACUGGCAAAGUGUUGCUGGACGGAGUGGAGUACAACGUGGAGCCAAUAAGCAGCCCGUCACAGCACCGCGCCACGCCCCCGAGCUACAGCGCCACGCCCCCGAGCUACAGCGCCAAGCCCCCGGACUACAGCUCCGCGCCCCCAAGCUACAACGCCACGCCCCCGAGCUACAACGCCAGCUACUGUGGCAGCUCCGGGCCUCCCUCUGUUGACGGGAAGGGGGAGUCCCAAAGGAAUUCCCUGGAGGACGGCUUCAGGGUGGAGCAGAGGCCCACCUCCAUGACCGGUCUGAUCCCGGCGUACCCGGGAGACUCGGCGGCUCCCGUCCGCACGGCCAAAGCAGAGCGCAGACAUCAGGAGAGACUCCGCAUGCAGAGCCCCGAGCUGGCUGUGGCCCCCGACAGGGACCUGUCCCCGGCUGAGAAACGAGCUCUGGAGGCUGAGAAGAGAGCCAUGUGGAGGGCAGCACGGCCCUGUGGCCUAGAGGAGGAUGUUAGGCAGUAUGAGCAGGACCUGGCUAAGAGACUCUACCAGGCCCGAGUGAGGGCAUCUCAGGGCACGGCCGACCCCCAGCCCCCCACCUCUUCCUCCUCCUCCUUCUCCUCUGCAGCAGCAGCCUCACAGCUCAGGAUGAAGUCUCUGGAGCAGGAUGCACUGAAAGCACAGAUGGUCAUCGCCAAGUCGCGUGACGGAAAGAAGCGCGGCACACUGGACCAGCUGACGGAGUCGCCGUCGCCGGCCCCGACGCCCUCUCCCACGCCCAUGGAAGAGCUCAGUCCUCGAGGAGUAACGUCGCCUGGACGGAUGUCCCUGUCGUCAAAGAAGUUUGACUACCGACAGUUUGCCGCCAUUCCUUCUUCCAAACCAGUGUACGACAUCCAGACCCCCGACGCUGUCGAGGAGCUGCAGUUCAUUGACGACGGCUCCAGCAACCCAGGGGACUACCUGGGAUAAGCAGCUCCUAGUGCGGCCGCUGCGAGUCCAGAUGUGCCUGCCACCUCGGCUCUGGAGGAGAUGGCCCUGUACAGCAACAAGCGCAAACUGAGGCAGGGCCGCCGCAGCCUGGAGACCGCCGUGCCCACGUAACCGCCCACUGAGAGCAGGAAGCUGAAGACAAGGCGCCAGCACACACGUGUCUAUCCAGACUCACUAAACACUACAGCGUGAUUUACUUUCCGUAUAUAAAACCACUGCAGAGAUCACACCUCGCUUAUGUCCCGCGUGCCAGAGGGCCGUGGGGUUAGUUAGGGCUGCUACUUACAGACCUCUUAAAGAUCUUUGUUGUUGUUAACUGUUCUCAAGUAGCUUAUUUUCUUUUAAAAAGGGUGAACUAAGUUUUACAUUUUUCACACCCCAUUAAUUUAGCUGUUUGAGAAAAAAAAAAAGAAGCAUACUGGCAGCAAAACGAAAUGGGUCAUAGCUGUACUAACUUCUUGGAUGUUUAGGCUUUCAGUGAAUAGAUGUCAGGGGUUUCUUGAGACUUGGGUAGACAGGAGUGUAUAUAUUAAUUGAGGAGGGAACAUCCUGCUACCUUCACAGUCACAUGUGGAGAGCUAAAAACAAACAAAACAAUAGUACAUAUCAUUGUUGCACUGCGUAUAUCUUAAAUAAUUUAUUGUUUUUAGCAUUUUAUUCAAAUUGAAUUGCCUAUUCUAACCCUUUCGGGCACAAAGAGCAUGACUGAUGCUGGUUUCCAAUAUAUGUAGGAGUGUCAUUUCCUCAAAGCUUUUAACUAAUGAAUAUCAUAGCAUUUUAUAUGCAGACACUUUUCUAAAGAGAAACAUAUCUACACAUUAGAUUGCUUGGAUUGAGUGCAGCCUUUAUGAGCCACACCUGUAACGGAUUGCAAUACAUUCCCCUGGGAGAGAAUAGGACUACGCAGUUACACACAUUUCAUCAAUAUCUUUUAAUUUACGGUACUUACCCUGUUAAGGGAAUUAUCUUUUACUUUAUAAUGUGAAUUAUUCAAUUAUAUCCUUGAACUACCUGGAGGGGAUGUGAAGGUAGCAGAUGUUUCAUUUUUCUGUCUAUGGAUAAUUUAAAUCUGACGCCACUGAAAAAUGAUUUACUUUUGUGUGAAUAAUGUGCAAACUUUAGGUGUGAGACUGAGCCAGUCUUUAUUGAGACCAAGUGUCCAGACUGCUGACUCAUCUGGUUUGAACUUGCUCGUAUCGGGAUGCUCUCUGCGUGUAUAUUGGUUUGUUAAUGGGAGAUGCAGAACCAAUCAAUCAGAAUCCCUCUCAAGAUGUUCUUAUUCAUACGGUCAGUUCACUUAUUUGCUGGUUAUUUUUGCAGAAUCACAAGAUUGUAGAAUUUGUUAAUUUAAUGUAGGGUCUCCUAAUGACAACUUUCUGUUACUCUUAUUUGCUGAUUUUUUUUUUACUUCCUGUAGGUAAAUCUUUUCCAGAUGGGUUUCACUACAUUAUUCAUGCAAUGUUUAAAGUGUUUAUUCUCUUGGCUCAAGUUCUCUUUGGGGGAAUUUAUUUGCAAAUAGUUUGGGGGGGGUAAGGGGUAGAGCUCAUACAAGACUGUAACUAGUGAAUUUGUACAACCAAAGAAGUCUAUUUUGUGGUUCAGGAAUAAUAAAAUUUACUUUUCAUUUAAGAAGCUGA